UCUGUUGUGCCUACGUACUUCCUGUUUUCCAAGGAAAAAGUAUCUUGUUGUUACAAUCGCGAAAAAAACUAAUUUUGACAAUGAAUCAAGUUGUGUUGGUGCCCGUGGUUGUUUUGUCCAGCAUCCUGCUGUUAACAGCUCCAGUUGCUGUUGAUGCUGCAGACACUUGUGUCACCGGCAAUGCAAACCAAAAAGAUUGCUGUGCUGCAGCUGGCUGUGGAUGGUAUGAGUGUAGUUACAAUGCAACUUCUCCUGUAAAAGCGUGUCUAAACAAGACCGACCAUGAUACCAUCAACAAGACAUGCCCAGGCAGUACAGAUAGCGCUGACUUGAACAGCAAAUGUGAUGCUGCACAGACCGGCUGCUCAGCCUUAAAUGAAACUACAUGUUGUUCUGAGUCGGAAUGUGGAUUGUAUAAAUGCGAUACAGCAGCAGGUUGCUGGAACUCUUCUGAUGUUAAUGGAUACAAGGCGUAUUGUGAAUCUAGCAACAAAACAGCAGAUUUAACUGACACAUGUCCAGGAACCACAGAUCCCUGCUUGACAAACCAAGCAAACUCUAGCUGCUGCUCUGCUGAUGGUUGUGGCUGGUUCCAGUGUAAAGAUGCUGAUGAUAAACUGAUAGGGAAUGCAACAUGUUUAACCAACACCACAACCAACCUAAUCAACUGUACAUCUCCAGCAACCCCGAAGGACACAUGUAAAGAUGUGCCCACUCCCACACCAGCUCCUUUGUUAAAAUGUAGAAACUGAAACAACCAAAGACACUUGUUGUAACACACCAGGAAACUCCUGCCAAUGGCUCAACUGUACUGGAAUAGCAAUGGAGUGUAGGGCUAGCGAUGCCUCAACUGAAGAUUGUAAAGUCAAAGACAAUAUCUGUAA